AUGUCUUCUCUCGACGCCGCGUCGUUGUUCUCCGUCAAUGGCCUUGUAGCCGUUGUCACAGGAGGCGGUACUGGCAUAGGCCUGAUGAUUGCAACCGCCCUGGAACACAAUGGAGCAACCGUAUAUAUUCUUGGCAGACGAGAGGAAGUCUUGCAAACAGCUGCACGACAGAAUGCUAAACACGGCAAGAUCGUACCCAUCAAAGCCGACGUCAGCGACAAAUCGUCCCUCCAAGCCGCAGUCGACAGAAUCGAGAAAGAGGUGGGCUACAUCAACCUUCUAGUCAACAACUCAGGCACUCUCGGCCGCCGUCACAACGUUCUGCCUCGCCCUGCGUCCUUCCAACCACUGGACAGCAAAUGGACGCAAUCUGCUGAUGGCCAUGACUUCAGCAGCCUAGACCAAGUCCGCGAUUUCCUCUGGAAGGACGAAGUCGAAGACUGGGACAAAAUCCUGCGCGUCAAUGUGAGCGGGAUCUGGUUCACUUCUGUUGCGUUCUUGGGGUUGUUGGGCAAGGGAAAUGAAAAGGGGAAUGUGGUUCAGAAGAGUCAAAUUGUAACGGUGGGCAGCAUUGGGGCGUUCAUCCGCAUGCAGCGGCCAACCAUUUUGGCGAAGAUGCUCGCAACGAACUUCGUGCAAUGGGGAAUUCGAUCGAAUGUGAUAGCCCCCGGUAUUUUCCCAUCAGAGAUGUCCGCGGGGCCGGCAACGAUGGACGAAAAGAACCGUAACCAGCUGCCACCUCAAAUACCAGAGGCUGAGAUUCCUCUCAAACAACCUGGUGAUGAGCAGGACAUGGCGGCUGCGAUUCUGUACUUGGCGGGAGUUGGUGGUAAAUACCUCAAUGGGAAUGUGGUGGUAGUUGACGGUGGGCGAUUGGGAGUUCAGCCGGCGGUGUACUGA